AUGAUGCCUGCAAGGCCACCAAGCGAGCAGCAAGAUGCUCCUGGUGCUCCUCUACAAGGGGUUCCUCUCGAGUGUUUCAAUGACGACAUCUCAGACUGUGACGACGAAGGAGAGGAUAUCGAGCCCGACGACGACAUCGACCCAGACCACGCGGAGUUGGAAGUUGUUCCUGACCAACCAGAGAUUCGUGUUGGGCCCGAGAAGGUCCAUAGGGUUGUCAGCGACUACCGAGAACAGAUCAGCAAUCCACAGCCCGACCUGACCCCUCCGAAACGAGUGGACGACCUAAGGUGUGUUGCGGAGAAGUACGAAGAAUUGGAGGGAUACCGCCGCGCUGGGGGGCUCACUCAACAGCAAGUCGGCGAGCAGCUCCGCGAAUAUGCCCUCUCGAUCAACGUGCGUUUGCCUAAAAAACCCUCCGAUGCCAGGAAGGAAGUCAAGAGGAAGGCAAGGAAUUGGCUUGACAAGCAGAGACCUGAUAGGGGAGUCGCAAAGAAGCGUUACCAUGAUCUGGAGGAGGGAGUGAUAUUUGUGUUUUCCAAGACCACCAAGGUCGCCUCACUCGACAUGCACACUGCUACCAUUAUUGUCAAGAAGCUUCUAGACAAGAUAGUGGCCCUGGUGCCUGACUACAGGGAGCUGUGCGGCAUGAAAAACCCCGUGCCCCACCGCCAUUGGAUCAGGGACUGCCUCAUUGAGGCAAAGAGACGUCAGCUUCGCGAGUAUGGCGAACGAAGCUCUGUGAUUGAUGAGAAGGCCGUUGAAAAAUUGGGGUACAUUUGGCUGGCCAUCGAGGGCUAUGCGGCAAGCCAGAUCCUCAAUGCAGGCCAGACGUGCAUGUACCUGGGCUUCGACGGUCAGGAACACAAAGUCUGGACCAGCCAGCCGUUUGUGGGCGUGAAAUGCAAAAAGGGCCAGUUGACUUACACCUUCAUGUUCUGCUUGAGUGCUGACGGGUCGUUUCUCUUCACGCCUCAUGUCUAUGGGAAGCAGUACUGGCCCAUGUGGUGCUCAAAGGCUCAGGACUUGCACAACCCGGCUCGUGCGGUGGUCCCUGUAUCUGUCACGGAAGAGUGUACGGCAGAGGCGACUCUCUUGCUGCACGCAGAGGCAGAUGCGGUCAGAAUCCUCGAGUCUGAGGUUGAGCGUGCCACCAGUGAGAGAAGAGAGGCCCACGCGGUGUGGCUAUCGUCUCCGAAACAAACUCAGACAAGGAUAGACAACAGGGCCACGUGGAAGAGCCUUGUUGCGGAGGAAACUCGGGCUAUGGCCGCUCACGAUGCAGCGCAGAGGCAGUACUCGGCAACUCAUACGGCGAAGGUAAAGGAACUGGUUUUGGAACGGUGGACACCUCCUGAUACCUCUGCCGAUGAGGGUUUCUAUGCACACGACGACUUCGAAGCACGUUCCGGUCGUGAGCUACAGCUGCCUGUUGUCUUUGAGAGAUCUCAAGAUGUCAAGAAGUUGGAGAAGAGACUCGCUGCAUCGGAGUCUGCUCACAAGUCGUUGCAAACGAAGGAGUAUGCGGCACGCAGAGCCUUGAAAACUUCCGAAAAGCUCUUCGAAAAGCACGAGAAGAAGGAGGCCGAAUUGCGAAGGCAGAUGGAUGAGCAAGACAAAGUGAUUACCCUUCUCAAUGAGGACCUCGACAAGACUGCGACCCAUGGCCAGGACACGAAGCCAAUCGAGAAGGCGAUCGAACUGGCCGACAGUCGGCGCCGAAAGUUGGCAAGCAUGCGCUCGAUCGCCAGACAGAGAGCUGGCAAGGCGUGGGAGAAGAUCUCAGACAACGAAGAGCGGCUCGAAGUCAUCGCCACUGAAAAAGAAGCUGCAUGGGAGGAGAUGGUCAGGGUCAUGCACAGCUACGCACUUUCUGACGACGACGCUGUCAUGAAGACGGGGCCUCUCAACCUGAUGGACUGCAGAUACCAACAGCAGUCUAAAGGUUGGAUGGACACCCCUACCAUGGUGAAGUGGUUUGUUGCUCUCGCCAGGGCUGUUAAAGCGAAGGAGAAGCCUGUCAUUCUGAUUCUUGACAACGUUGCGUUCCACCACAGAGCCUGGAACAUUGCCAAAGGAUGGGAAGAGCUCGAAGGAGUGACGGUUGUCUUUCUGCCUUCCGAGGCUACGUCUUACACCCAGCCUUUGGACUUCGGUAUCUUUGCCUUUACCCAGAUGACAGCAAAGAAGCUACUGAGUCAGUUCUACAUGGCCACCCAGAUCGUCUGGGGCGAUUCCUCCAAGGUCGGCGCGCUGCACAAGAUCAACUACAUGGUUCAGGCGUGGGAGAAGCUGAAGCUGAAACCGGAUACAGUUGCUGGCUGCUUUGGGAGCAGCCCCGUCUUUGCAGACCACGAGCAUGUCUUGCCCUCCAAGACCGUGCAGAAGCGGGUCGAUGAGAGACUUGCCAAGGAGGCCGCCGCAAGAGCUCUUCGGCAAGCACAGCAGCCCCAGGAGCACGUGAGGGGAGGAAGAAAUGAUGGCACGGCUCCACCGGUGGCCACUAUUCAAUCGCCCCCCGCGCCCGAUGGGUCCACCACCUCUGAAUCCUCCAGCUCCUCUGGAGGCUCAAAUAUGAUGCGGAGCUCUUCCGAUCAGUCGGAUACCCUGGAAGACUCUCUGAUGGACUCCCCGAUGGGCUCUCGAGAGGAGUCCUUGGGCGACACCCUGGAAUUUCCGGUGCACUACGAAGAUGGGGCAGAUGAUGAGGCUGACGAUGCGGCUGAGGUUGAGGAUGGCGACGAGGUCGAACCCGUGGCACCUGAAGAGGAGAUCGGAAUCAACGACGCUGAGUUCGGAGAAGUCUCUAAAGAAAACAUGCUUGACCUCAUCAGCAGAUUGGACCUCAAUCACAUCUUGCCGCACGGCACUCGGAGACUCAUCAGAAACACCAACGCACGGCGUGCUCACCUGGCUGACAAGGAGAAGGCCCGAAAGCGGGAGGCGAACAGACUGCGAAGACGAGCAGCCCACUUGAAACGGUAUGGCUUUCUGAUCAACAUGGGGCGCGCGCUUCCUCAAGAUGCGCCUGAUGGCUUCCCACGUGCAGAUAUUCCACGUGCACGCAACCUCGUCGAGCCUGCCCCCGCCUCUUUCCAGUCUCCGCACGAUCACGUUGAGCCUGCUGUGGUUGCCAUGGAGGUGAAUGAGGACAGCAUGGAUAUCGACACUGCUGAUCACUGGGACCAACAGGACGUGGAAGCCGCCGCUUCGCCCAUGGUUCACUCAGAGACCCCAACACGACUCCCUCCCGGCGACGCACAAGAGGACACCCCGUACAACCCGUAUCCUCCUGGACACCCCUUGGAACACAUUUACGGUACCCCUUCUCCUCAACCAUCCCAUGGAUACCGCCCUUCGCCCUCUGGAUACCCCCUCCUCUUCCGCCUUCCAUACCCAAACCGAUACCCAAGCCAAUACCCAAGCCAAUACCCAAGCGGAUACCCCCAGUCUCACUCAGAGCAGCUUCAACCAGCUCCAGUGGGCUACUUGUCUUACGGCCUGGGCAGCCCGACUCGUGGUGCCAGCUUUGGCACUCCUGGCAACAGGGGCGCUAGCUCCUUUGAGCUAAGGCGGAACCUCUUGCCGGCGUUCCAGGGGCACUGA